CUUAAGCAAGCAAGCCUGCAUUUUCAACUUCAACCUGUAAUAAGCAAUGACAUAAGUGAGCAGGUUUAAGGCCGGCAAUGGUCCAACCAAUCAACUUCUUUUCCUUUUUGUACAAUUUUCUAGCAAUCUCUGUCCUGUUCUAAGCAAAAGUGCUUUGGUUUGGCCGUAGCAGUUGAAACCUUCCCUUCUUUCCAUCUAAUCUCCUGAUCAUUUAAUUAUUAUCUCUAUGACUAAUUCACAUCUUUGUCUCUUGACUUGUUCAAGAUUUGACACUCCUUAUCAUAUUUCACUAUGCCAAUAUCAGUGGAGAAUUUCACUAAACAAAUGAAUAUGAUCAGAAUAAGGACUAUUAAAACCUUGAUAUUGACAUAAUGAACUUGCCUCUAUAUAAAAGUCAAAAUAUAAUUUAUCGAUACCGAUUUUUUUUAUCGAUAUUCAGGUGAGUUCAUUGUUCACAUAAUGAACUUGCCUCUAUAUAAAAGUCAAAAUAUAAUUCUUAUGUUGAUCUCACUCAUUUUCAGAAUAAGUUAUAUAUCUAGCCGGAACCCAUUAGUCUUCCCCAGAAGAAAAUGGCUUCUUUCUCUGUGGAGGAUUUUGUGGGGGAUGGGGUUCUCAAGGACCUGCUUCCUAAUCUGCUGGAGGAAGGCUGGGAUGAUGUACCGACCUUGAAGGUCAUGAAUUCCGAGGAUAUGGAUGCCAUGAAGAUGACACAACAACAGAAGGAAGCAAUAGAGAUAAGAUGUUACCUGCAUGACAGAGCUCUGAUGCAGUAUGGGGACAGGCUAGAGUCUUCCAGGAAAUGUUUGCCUGAACUUCUAAGCUUAAGCGUAGAAGAUUUAAUUUCUCAGUUCCAUAUGAAGAGAGGCCAUAUUGCACGUUUCAAGGACAGAAACAGUUCGUGUGAAGAUCCCGCAACCAAAAAGAGUGAUGCUCCUUCCCCAUCUACAAGCAUCAAGAGGACUUAUCAGUCCAUCACCGCAAAGAGGAUGCAGAGUAUGAGAAGCCGAACAUUUCAGGACAGAACAGUUGAGCAAGCACUAGGUGAUUUUAAGAUUGACGAAGGGUAUGUAUUCAAGGGGAUUGUUGCAGCAGAACCAGCUGACCCAAGGGCAUGUGGUUGUGUGCAACCUCCUCCUAUGGUUGAUGAAGUUGCUCCUUAUUCUGCCAUUGAAAGCAUCUCCAUUCAGAAAUUAACUCCCGAUUAUAAGAUUGGAAUGGAGCGUUUGGUGAAAACCAAGACACCCCCAAUGAAAGCUUCAGACCUGUGGCAGAAUAAGCCUGCCAUAAUCCUCUGUAUUAGACGCCCUGGGUGCAUCAUGUGCAGAGCAGAAGCUCACCAGAUAUAUGCCAGAAAACCGAUAUUUGAUGCACUAGGAUUUCAACUGUUUGCAGUGAUUCACGAACACAUAGAAUCAGAGGUGCAAGACUUCUGGCCUAGGUACUGGGGAGGUUCUGUAAUCUUCGACCAAGGUAGAGGAUUCUUCAAAGCUCUAGGUGGCGGCAAAUUAAUGAAGGAGAAAUUCCUAUCCGGAUUUGUUUUCAACCCUCGGGCCAUAGCAAAUUAUAAGCGUGCAAAAGCAGUGGGACUGAAACAAAACUUCAACGGAGAAGGAGAAAUUAAGGGUGGUCUGUUCAUUCUUGGCUCAGGGAAGAAUGGUAUUGCUUACCAGUUUAUUGAGCGGAACUUCGGGGACUGGGCACCUCUUUCUGAAGUAAUUGAGAUCUGCACAAAAUUACAGAACCAGUCGCAAGCUCCAGGGGCGUCCAUCAAAAGAUCCCCGCAAGAUAGCCGAAGUUCAUCGCUUGUGUAACACAAAUUCUCAUUUGCAGUUUCCGUAUGAUGCUCGAUUGAUACUUUCCAUCUUUCAUCGUUCUCUUUUCUCGGAUGUGCUUUAAUUAAUUGACCUGGCCUGGCUUAUGUUCAGAAGACUUUAAACAUCA